UCUAUUUGGGCGGAAGUCCCACCUUCUGUUGGGCUGAGGCGGGGCCGCAGAAAUGAUGGCGGCCCUAACAGAUAUCCCUCGGCUACAGGCCCGGGUGGAGGAGCUGGAGCGCUGGGUGUAUGGGCCGGGCGGGACUCGCGGCUCCAGGAAGGUGGCUGAUGGUUUGGUCAAGGUUCAGGUGGCUCUAGGAAACAUUGCCAGCAAGAGAGAGAGGGUGAAGAUUCUGUACAAAAAGAUUGAAGACCUGAUGAAAUACCUGGAUCCUGAGUACAUCGAUCGUAUUGCCAUACCUGAUGCCUCUAAAUUGCAGUUCAUCUUAGCAGAGGAGCAGUUCAUCCUCUCCCAGGUUGCACUCCUGGAACAAGUGGAUGCCUUGGUACCCAUGCUGGACAGUGCUACCAUCAAAGGGUACUGCGGAGCCCAGAUUUUAUUGUCAGAGCUCCUGCCAGCCGUUCCUGAGCAUGCUGCCCGCCUGCAGCGCUUGGCCCAGAUCCACAUCCAGCAGCAGGACCAGUGUGUAGAGAUCACUGAGGAGUCCAAGGCUCUUCUGGAGGAAUACAACAAGACUACAAUGCUUCUCUCCAAGCAGUUUGUACAGUGGGAUGAGCUACUUUGCCAGCUAGAGGCUGCCAAGCAAGUGAAGCCAGCAGAAGAAUGACAGCUGCUCACCAUGCCAAGGCAGGGCAGGGCAGGCAGGCUCCAGGGCCUUGUGCCAAUCUGCCUUUAUAAUAAAGCAGAGACAACUUUGUAUUUAUUGGAUUCAAGACUUCCUGUCUGCGCUCAGUUUGGGCUCUGAGGUCAGUGGUUGGGUUACCUUUAGAGUUGUGACCCUUGCAUUCCCCAUCAGUGUAUUAUUUCCAGUGAGAAUAAACAGUAGAGAUCCCUGAA